AUGGCCACUGAACUCACCGCUGCACGCUACGGGAAGACCAAGGUUCGCGUCUUCCGCAUCGUUCGCGAAGGAAGCUGGCACAACAUCGUGGAGUACAAUGUGGAGGCCCUCGUGGAGGGUGAUAUAGCGACCAGCUACACGGAAGCCGAUAACUCUGUUGUUGUCGCCACUGAUUCUAUCAAGAACAUCACAUACUGUCUGUCUCUCCACAUAUCCUCCAUCGCCGAGAGGUUCGCACUGCACCUGGGAACCUUCCUCGUGUCCAAGUACGCGCACCUGUCGAAAGCUUUUGUCACCGUCGAGCAACUCCGAUGGACUCGCAUUCACGUUGCUGGCGAAGCGUCUCCUGAAGGCCACCCACACUCCUUCUAUCGCGAUGGAGAUGACAAACGUGUGGUGAAUGCCGUCGUCGAUGCAACAGGAGGAAAGGAUAAGCUUGUCGCAACAGUGACGUCUGGGGUUGCUGACCUGCUCGUUCUCAAGUCCACUGGAUCUGGGUUCACAAACUUCUACCGUGACGAAUAUACAACCCUGGUAGAGGUGGAUGACCGCAUUUUCUCCACCUCAGUGGACCUCACGUACACCUUCGCCCCACUCCGAAUUGCGGCGCCUACGGACGAGAAGAAGCUCGAAUUCGUCAUGCCUCUCCAGAAAGGCGAAGGAGGGUAUGCCGGUAGUGUGUGGGAUGAGGAAGUCCCCGGUCGUGCCCGCGCAGCCACGCUGGAGACUUUUGCCGUUGACGAAAGCGCCAGCGUACAGGCUACUCUGUAUAAGAUGGGCCAACGUAUCAUCGCGGAGAAUGCGUCUGUCACCUCGGUCUCUUACUCACUGCCAAACAAACAUUACGUCCCCGUAGACAUGAAGUAUAUUGGGGUGGACAACCUUACGCCGUCUAAAGCUGAGGUUUUCACUCCUAUCGCCGCCCCUAGCGGCCUCAUCAAAGCCACGAUUUCUCGCACAUAA